GCAUUGAAAGAAUAUACAGAAAGCCUGGAAAAGGUUUCCAGGGGUGUCAAUACGCCCUGUCAACUGAGAAUUAAGAGGAUCUGGCUGGUCACUUGCCUGGAGAGGAUCCUGCAUGCUGAUAGUGCUGAGGGAACCCUGUAGCACCUGCCAGCUAAGAGCCCCCAGGAGGAACUGGGCCAUUCUAACACCCGUUGCUACCAUGCUGGCCACCCGCCUCUCCAGACCCCUGUCACGGCUCCCGGGAAAAACCCUAAGUGCCUGUGAUAGAGAAAAUGGAGCAAGACGCCCACUAUUGCUUGGUUCUACUUACUUUAUCUCGAUUGGCCGUCGGACUUACGCUGGUGCGGUGGAGCCGGUUGGCAGCAAAGCUGUCCUGGUCACAGGCUGUGACUCUGGAUUUGGGUUCUCAUUGGCCAAGCAUCUGCAUUCAAAAGGCUUCCUUGUGUUUGCUGGCUGCUUGAUGAAGGACAAAGGCCAUGAUGGGGUCAAGGAGCUGGACAGCCUAAACAGUGACCGACUGAGAACCGUCCAGCUCAAUGUCUGCAGCAGCGAAGAGGUGGAGAAAGUGGUGGAGAUAGUCCGCUCGAGCCUGAAGGACCCUGAGAAAGGGAUGUGGGGCCUCGUUAACAAUGCCGGCAUCUCAACGUUCGGGGAGGUGGAGUUCACCAGCCUGGAGACCUACAAGCAGGUGGCAGAAGUGAACCUUUGGGGCACAGUGCGGAUGACAAAAUCCUUUCUCCCCCUCAUCCGAAGGGCCAAAGGCCGCGUCGUCAAUAUCAGCAGCAUGCUGGGCCGCAUGGCCAACCCGGCCCGCUCCCCGUACUGCAUCACCAAGUUCGGGGUGGAGGCUUUCUCGGACUGCCUGCGCUAUGAGAUGUACCCCCUGGGCGUGAAGGUCAGUGUGGUGGAGCCCGGCAACUUCAUCGCUGCCACCAGCCUUUACAGCCCCGAGAGCAUUCAGGCCAUCGCCAAGAAGAUGUGGGACGAGCUGCCUGAGGUCGUGCGCAAGGACUACGGCAAGAAGUACUUUGAUGAAAAGAUUGCUAAGAUGGAGACCUACUGCAGCAGUGGCUCCACAGACACGUCCCCUGUCAUCGAUGCUGUCACACACGCCCUGACCGCCACCACCCCCUACACCCGCUACCACCCCAUGGACUACUACUGGUGGCUGCGAAUGCAGAUCAUGACCCACUUGCCUGGAGCCAUCUCCGACAUGAUCUACAUCCGCUGAAAAGUCUCGCUGUGGCCUCUGUCAGGGAUCCCCGGUGGAAGGGGAGGGGAGGGAGGAGCCCAUAUAGUCAACUCUUGAUUAUCCACGUGUGGAUUAUCCACCACCCCAGGAAGACCCAUAACUGGUUUUAACACUAACUAGAGGGAAUGACUUCUUUGCAUAGUGAGUGACGUGGGCCUUCACAAACAGGGUGUGGGUGGCAGGCAGGGGCCUCUAAAUCUCAGGGCAAACAUGGUGAAUCUAUCUCUCUGGAGAUAAUUUCAUACAGAGAUUUUAAGAAAACAUCUUUAUAUUAAAAACAGAUUUAUUG